AUGAAAUCCGGGACGGAAUCCCAAUUCGGCGCUGGUGGAAAAAUAGUAACUAACCGCCGAAAGAAGCGGCUCGCCGUCACACCCUACGACCGGCCGUCGCCUCCUCCUCCUCCCCGUGCCAGAAGCCCUAAUUGGUUUUCUGGCGUAAUUAUACCAUCUGCACGUGCAAUUGCUUCCGGUGCUGGGAAAAUCAUUUCUUCUGUGCUCUAUUCUGAUUACUCUUCAUCUGAAGAAGAAGAAGAUGAUGAUGAUCUGUCCGAUUUUGAAGAUGAUGUUGAGAAUGACAAUGAUUACAGUGUCCCUUCUGAUGGUAUUAAUGAAUUGAACAAGGGGACUUUGUCGGAAGUGAUAGAAUCCAGACGGGGGUCUCAUUCUAGAUUGAGGAAGAGUGAAACCAAAUAUAUAAUUGAACAGCUAAUUUUGCAGGAGAUGUUCUCAAGGGAAGAGUGUGAUAGGUUGACGAAAAUGAUCAACUCUCGUGUUGUGGAUUAUUCCACAGUGGAAGCUGGGCAGACAAGUCUACUCACUGUGUCUCCUGGGGAAACAGUUGGCAAUGAAAAUAUUAAUUUCUUCAAUAAAACUGCUAUGGAAGCAAAAAGGUGGCUUGAAGAGAAGAAAGUGGGAUCAAGCCCAGUAUCUGACUUGGCCUAUGGAACCUGUGGGUUCAACUCCAUUGUGCUAGAAAAUAUAGGAAGUGAAGUUGGUUCUCCUGUGGAUGUGGCCAAAUCCUACAUGAAGGUCCGUCCACCUUGGAUCUCUCCCUCCAAACAAAUUGAAGUAAGAACCCCAUCAACAAUGACAAUGGAGCCUUUUAAGGAAGGAACACAAUAUUCUGUCGGCAAUGACUCUUUGUCUUCAUUGAAGAAACGGAAUUCCCUUGCCUCUGGAUCAUGGAAUAUCCAGGAAGAAUUACGAAAAGUGCGUUCAAAGGCAACAGAAGAUAUGCUACGCUCUCUAUCCUCUAAAAUUGAUCUGUCACUUUCCCCUAAAAGUAGUCUCGAGUACUUGAGAACUGAUAUAGCAGCAGCUAAUGUGUUGGAGAACAAGAGUGAGCUGAAUUCUUCCACAUUAACUAAGUCAACAGAUGCACCUCCAAACCCGGAUGCAGGAGUCAGAUCUAAUCCUGGCCUGUCAGCUUUGGAUUCAAGGCAAGAUGGUGGGGCAAAGAAAACAUUUCCAUCCAAGUCAACUACUUUUGUAACUGGAAACAAUGAGGAUUCAGAAGCUAUUUUGAUUGACGGUGAAUGCACUGCCUCCAAGCCUCCUCACCCUACCAGUCCCAAUGAUGUUGCAGAGCAUCAUGAUGAUCCACAUUCAAGUGAUGUAAAUGGUACCGUGGAAAAUAGGGAGACUGAAUUUGGCAGAUUAUCAAGUUCAGAUGGUUAUCCAUCAUCACAAACCAGUUUGUCUGCACGAGUAGGUGCAGGAGAAAAUGAUGGGCCAUCUGAUGAGGGAAACCAUAAUAACACCGUAAGCCAGAAGAAUUCGACUAAUACGUUUCCUGUGGAAGAUAAAUGCGAGCUUCUCAGUGAAACAUAUAUAGAAGUCCCAGUUUUAACUGAUUUAAACAGUGUUAAAACUGGCUCUCAGAAUAGUUUUAGCAUGCAACCCGAAGAAUUUUCACCAGAACUGACUCAACCAGCAAAGAAACAAGAGUUGGCAGAGAAGGUCGAUGGUUUGGCUGGGAAGCCCCAAGGAAAAAGAUUGGUCAAAUCUAAUCGGAGGGGCAGAGGAAGAGGUAAAUGA